GGCAAAAAACGUGCUUUCGGAGCGAGAUAGUAAACAACCUGCGGUCAGUGGGGCGAGCUGGACGCUGGAGGAGUCCAUUCAUUUAGACCUCCAUCUGCAGAUCCUGUCGUUAGGAGACGCUCCUGCCUUUGGACCCAUAAGUGGAUGUUCUGUGGUUGGAAGAGGUGGAUCUGCUUUCUUAAUGGAGCACAACGGGCACACGUUCACGCCUGUGAAUGGGAUUUAAAAGCCAGUGAGUGACAUUAGAGCGUUGGGGGAUUCAGAUCGACGAGAUGGAUGGUGUUGGGAACAGCAUGCAGAAGAAGGCAGCUGAACUGGAGCGGAUGGCAGAGGUUCUGGUUACUGGAGAGCAGCUGAGGUUGCGGCUCCAUGAGGGUAAAGUCAUAAAGGACAGGCGGCAUCAUCUCCGCACCUACCCAAACUGCUUUGUGGCCAAGGAGCUCAUUGAUUGGCUGAUAGAGCACAAGGAAGCUUCUGAUAGAGAGACGGCCAUUAAGAUCAUGCAGAAGCUGCUGGACCAUAGCAUCAUCCACCAUGUUUGCGACGAGCACAAGGAGUUCAAAGAUAUGAAGCUGUUCUACCGUUUCAGAAAGGAUGACGGAACCUUUCCUCUGGACAGCGAGGCCAAGGUCUUCAUGAGGGGCCAGCGGAUAUACGAGAAGUUGAUGAACGCUGAAAGCAGCCUGCUUCAGACUCGCGAGGAGGAGGGCGUGUCGUACGAGCGGACGCUGGUGGCCUCCGAGUUCAUCGAUUGGCUCCUGCAGGAGGGCGAGAUGGCCAGCAGGGAGGAGGCGGAGCAGCUGGGGCGGCGACUGCUGGAGCACGGCAUCAUUCAGCACGUAACCAACAAGCACCACUUCACAGACGGCGGACUCCUCUUCCAGUUCCGGAUGAAUUUCAGGCGACGGCGGCGGCUGAUGGAGCUGCUGCACGAGAGAAGCCGAGUGAUCCCGGAGAGCCAGGACAGCCCGUUCUGCCUCCGCAAGCAGAACCCCGACAACGGAAAUGGCAGCUUCCUCUCCGUGAGCCCCACUAAAGAGAUCAGGGUGGUCUGCGUGAGGCGGAGCAGUAUGAGCAGUAGCUGUGGCAGCAGUGGCUACUAUAGCAGCAGUCCCACCCUCAGCAGCAGCCCCCCGGUACUCUGCAACCCCAAAUCAGUGCUGAAGAGGCAGGUCAGCCCAGAGGAGCUGCAGAGUCCAGGAGGAGCUUUCAUGAAGAAGACAUUCACUAUUGUAGGUGAUGCUGUAGGUUGGGGCUUCGUGGUCAGAGGCAGCAAACCCUGCCAUAUUCAGGCUGUUGACCCCAGUGGACCGGCUGCUGCGGCCGGCAUGAAGGUGUGUCAGUUUGUGGUUUCGGUCAAUGGGCUGAACGUGCUGAACCUGGACUACAGGACGGUCAGCAAUCUCAUUCUGACCGGACCAAGGACGGUGGUCAUGGAGGUCAUGGAGGAAGUGGAGUACUGAAGACUGAAGUUCUUUAGAGCUCGCUCACUCUCUCUCUCUCUCUCUCUCUCUCUCUCUGCUACAUAUCAUCGCUGUCAUAAGAAAACUGUCAUAGUGAAGCGUUCAAAGGUUCAGAAUCACCGGUCAUAUUAUUAAUAUUUGUCAUUUUAUUCAGUAAAUAAGUACACAGGGCAGAAAGAAAUCCCACAACAUGAACAGCAGAAGGUACUUAAAGAUGUUUUAUUCAAUAUCUCAGUUUUUUGGGAAGAACAAGAAGCUAUUAAGUGAUGAAUAAUGUAGCGUUAUAAUUAGCAGUUCAUAAGCUUCGUUCUGGAUAUUAAUCUUAUUAGAACUUCUGAAUGUUAGUUAAAAACAGCGAUUCCUCUUCCGAGCGUUACUGUAGGUCUAGAGGCAGCCGACGUUUUCAGACCGUGCCAAAAGUUAAAACUGAGCUUUUCUUAUGACGCUGAUUAUGUAGCAGCUUCUCUGAGGGUUCUUGGUCAGACUCACAGUUGGAUCUUCAGCAGAAGGUUCUACAGAGAGAAGGACGCCCAUCUCUCUGACUCCUUCUCCUUCAGAGACCCUACAUUCUGUUCCCGUUAGCGCCUCCCACUGACUGACUGGAGAACUACUGGGACGCGAGUUUUCCAGACAAACGUCUGUGGAGGAACGUCACCGCGGGACGUUUAUGGAUUACAGGGUCAUUAGGUUACAGAGACAGGAGGGUCUCCUCUGUUUGCCACAUCUACACAGCUUCAUGAGUGAUGAGCAGCUGAAGCUGCGUACGAAUAGAAAACGUCCUAAAGUCUAUCGCAGCUUCGUUUGCGAUGUUCAACGUUGUACAUUUUAGUCCGGUACGUAGAGAAAUUUGGGCCGCAGAUUAAAGAUAAAUACUUUCCUCGA